CACCUAAUCUCUCUCUGAUCUGGAAGCAGAGGCAGCGCCGGAAGCAGCAGCAGCUAGCGACACACAACAACUACAGCAAGCACACAGCAGGAGGAAGAAGAAGGCUCUGCAGUUCUACACUUCUACUUCUACACGUAUGGGCAACUGCGCCAUCACGCAUCAGGCCACGUCGUGGGCGGACGACGGCGAGUGGGAGCUGCCGUCGCCCGGCAACGACGACGAGGGGCGCGCGGAGCAGAGGAAGGAGCACGUCAGCGAGGUAACCAUCCGUAUCAGCAAGCGGCAGCUGCAGGAGCUGGUGGACAAGAGGGCCGCCGACGACGGGCACGGUCACAUCUGGAAGAGCGGGCGGUCGGCGUCGGAGCUUCUGGUCGACAUCAUGAACGCCGGGGAGGUCCACCACCACGUCGAGCACUGCAGGGCGGCGCACUGGAAGCCCGCCCUGCAGAGCAUCCCGGAGGCGGUGGAGUCGUGACGCUACGCCCAGUGACGCGUCCCGGCCAUGGCUUUCGCCGGGCUUGGGUUUCUCCUCUCUUUCUUGGUUGCUUCUUCGCCGUGUCUUUUGUUAGAACACAGCUUUUACGCGGCCUUUCUGUGUCAUUCUUUGGUUUCGAUCCAACGAACAAUGUAUAUUGGUAGGGAAAGUGGUGAUACACACCACGGUGAUGUAAAUUGUAAAGUAGAUCGAUGUUCUUCUGUCCAUACGGCUUUUUGUGUGUGGAACAAACCAAGCAUUCUCAGUUGA